GUGGAUCAGGCGUGGGCAUUGAAAUUGGCGGAAAUUAAUAUUAUACUCCGUACGAAGCACGAGACAUUACUGCCUUGCUGUAUCUAUUCUCAAAAGUUCAAAACCCUAUUUUCCGAUACAAUAAUAUUCUUGCCCCAAACACCUUCCCACUCACAUCAUCCAUUGUUCAAUGUUCAUGCUCGCCGGCGCCGCUCGUUGUUCAUGAUCUUUCAUUACAAGGGUAAAUCGACAACGGUUGAGUCAUUGAGUGCAGCUAACCCUAGAAAUUUUCAUCGAAGAAAGUUGAGUCUCAAAUUUGGAAAACUACGAGGGCUUUCAGAUAAAGAUGGCGAUGAUGAGUACAUGCCGGAGAAUGAGGGUAGUGAGGAUGAAAUCGGUUAUGGGAAUGUAAAAUCGAAACUCCAAGCUUUUUUGCAGGUUCGUGUGACUGCUGAAAAUAAUGGAAGGUCAACUUCUUUACAGUUGCCACAUUUUACUGAGGUGGUUACCAAAAAUAUUGCACGCAAGGCUUGGAAUUCAGAUGCAAUGGUGUCAUUGAAAAGUUUUGAACUUUGCAUGCGUGGUCCUGUGAAGCCUUCUGAUUAGCAAAAAUGGACCUGUAGCAUCAUGUGCAUCGGUUCUUGAAAAACGACGUGAACACCCUUCUAAUCAUUUUCAGAAUUAUGUGAGCUUGCAAUUGUUUACAAUCAAUUUUAUGGUAGUUAUUUCAGGUGCCUCACUGCCUCAACACUAAGUUAUUAUGUUUUCCAUCGGAUGAGCUGUGGUUUAGAACUUUAGACUAAGGGGAUGUAGUAAAGCCUUGGUUAUACUUUGUGCUCUUGUUGUGUGUAAUAAUUAGCUAUUGACACUUGUGUUGAUUCCUGUACUAGAAUAGUGGAAUCAUCCUCGUUAGACCAUUGUCUCUUGGACACUUGCUGAUAGUGGUACUGCAGCUUUUCCAUUUGGUAACAUUGGCUGCUGAAAGGUUGCAAGUUCUUUUGGGGUACAUAUUUCAGUAUCUAGGAACCUUAACUGAGUUUAUAGCACUAUAUAUAGCAGUAGGUACUGUAUUCACCAAUCACUAAGUUAGUUCAUAUUUACUUUGUUAUUUACAAUAAAGGUUAUUUAGGAUUAGCUUGAAUUUCUUGGGGGUUUUAUGGCACUUUCAUUUGCAUGUGUGUAUUAUGAUUUUGCAAAGAAUCAACCAGAAAACGAAGGAUCAACUGUA